UAUGCUUUCCCUCACCCGCCUGCAGUGGGGUUAAUAAUGCCCAGCAUUAAUUAAUAGGAAAUAAAAUCAGAAGAUACGUCCCCGAAUACAACUAGCUGACGAUCGGAGAUCAGCACCCGCAGACCUGACCUGGAUCAUUCCCUGGAGUUCACCUCUAGCGGCCCCCUCCCCUUGGAGCCGCGCAAGCGUACACUGACUUUGCUUCUCUCUAGUGCCCCCGCCUCCAACAGCCCCCCCGCAACCCUCCGUCUGCCCAACACGCAGGCGCGUCUCCUCAAAUCCUGUCCGUACAACCCUCCUCUUUCUCUUCAUUUCGUUCCUCCUCCUCUUGCAGCAACUCAGCAGGUUCAAACUCUUCUCCGGGAGAGUGUCGGCGAUCGCGAGGUCACGUGAUGAGCAUCCUGCUGCCCAACAUGGCGGAGUUCGACACCAUCUCGGAACUGGAAGAGGAGGAAGAAGAAGCGGCAACGUCGUCAUCGUCGCCGUCGUCGUCGUCGUCGGUAUCUGGGCCCGACGAUGACGAGGACGAUGAGGAGGAAGAGGAGGAGGAAGAAGAGGAGGAGGAGGAAGAAGAGGAAGAGGAGGCGCCGCCCCCGCCUCGGGUUGUGAGCGAGGAGCAUCUGCGGAGAUAUGCUCCCGACCCUGUAUUAGUGCGGGGUGCCGGCCACAUCACUGUGUUUGGCUUGAGCAACAAGUUUGAUACUGAAUUUCCCUCCGUUCUAACAGGGAAGGUGGCCCCAGAAGAAUUUAAGACCAGCAUUGGCCGUGUGAAUGCAUGUUUGAAAAAGGCUCUCCCAGUCAAUGUGAAAUGGCUGCUAUGUGGUUGUCUCUGCUGUUGUUGCACACUGGGUUGCAGCCUAUGGCCUGUUAUUUGUCUCAACAAAAGAACCAGAAGAUCAAUUCAGAAGUUAAUAGAAUGGGAAAAUAACAGAUUAUAUCACAAGCUUGCUUUGCACUGGAAGUUGACUAAGAGGAAAUGUGAAACUAGCAAUAUGAUGGAGUAUGUAAUACUAAUAGAAUUCUUACCAAAAUAUCCCAUAUUUCGACCUGACUGAGGAGUUUUAUCUAGUCACUUCUGUGUUACCUGUCAUUUCCUACCCUUAGUGCCUUGUAGAUUUGGAAUGAAGAUGGUCUCCUUUGCUGUGUUCAACUUAUUCUUUAUAAUGGUAGAAUAUACUUCUCGUUCUUUUGUGUUGGUUUAUGAAGAAAAUUUGCAUAUCUUUUUUGUUGUUAAAUGAGGCUUGUGUUUUGCACUCUCAAUUUUAAAUAAGUACACACACGUGUGUGUCCAUAUACAUAUGUAGAUAGUUGCCAUUAAAGAUAAAUCAUCAGUGCUGCUGUUUAAAAACAAAAACUUAUUCUGAGCAUGCUGCCUUAUAAUUUUCAUACUUAUUGAUCUAAACUCGCAUCAUUUUUCUAGGCUACUUGAUGCUCUGUAAUCCCUUACUGGACAAACUUAAAUAAGCUUUUGGUAGCUUCUAGAAAUGGUUUUACUCUGCUUUUAAAGAAAAUGCUUUAAAAGGACAUGCAAUUAAUGGCACUGGUUUUGUCCCGCACUUUGCUUUAUCACUUCUGUUAGUGGAUAAAAUAUUUAAACUCCUAAAGACUUGUAAAUAUCGCCUCUUGGCAUAAUGUAAAAUGUGGUAUGCCAUGGUUUACACAACGCAAUAUUACUCUUACUGUAUUGCCAACAAUUUUACAUAGAUUUUAAUAUGAAUAAAGUUCGCAAGCAUCCCUUUGAAUCUAGAGACUGCUGACAUGCUGUUUUAUGGCAAGGCCAUAAUGACUUCAGGUGUAGGGCAAGUUUGCCCUUUGUAAUAAGUGGAUUAAAAUCGAAAUCAUUAUCUCAGAUAUUAUGUAUUGCACCUGAGACCAUGAUCUUUAUUUUUUCCAUUUCAUUUAAUAAUUUCCAUUUUGUUCUCUACUCCUUUCCACAAAAAUACUGUUUGACAUCUGACACAUUUCACAAUCUCACUAUCCUUCAUUAUUUCUUUUUUUGUAGCCAUUUCCUCCUUUGAAAAUACACACAAUUAUGACCUUUAAGGAGUAUUUUGAGAUUUUAGAUGUCUUCAGAAGGUAUCUAGACCCCCUUGAAAGCCAUUAACCCCUUUCUGGAGUUCUGAUAUUGUAGUUUGAGAAAGAGAGAGAACUAAUUGAGAAUCUGUAGCUACAGAGUAUAUAACAGCUGAUUAAUAAUUGAAAAAAAUAUUCUCAAUUUUGUUUUUAAAGAUCUUUUUAAAAAUAUUUAGAUACCGAGGAAGAAAGACAAGUGUUUAGAUGAAAGUAUUUUAGUUUAUAAAUUCAGCACAUAUGUAACAUUAUUUGGUAUAUAUUUCUCUAUUUUUCUUCACAAUUAAAAUGAUUGCUAGAACCAUACACUAGAAUUUGAAAAUUCAGUAUAAUGAAAGCUUUAUAUCACAUUAAUUCAACUGCAAAUGUAUGCCUGUUUGUAGGCAUUAUUUGUAAUUCGUAGUGCUAAAAAGAAAUGUCUAGGGCUGAAUAAUAUUUUUUUUGUCAUCUUACUCUUACUGUUUUUAGUAAACCUUUUAGGCAAGAUUCAUCUCAGUGAAGUGAAAAUCAUUUCUUUAUACAAGGUCAAGCCUUUUUUUUUUUUUUUUUUUUUUUUUAAGGUCAAGCCUUUUUAAGCCACUCUUAAAAUUUAUAUUUGACCAGUUUAAAAAAAGAGGAAAAGAAGACGCUAUUUGAUAUGUGGUUAUAAUUGUUUGCACAAACACUUUUCCACCUUUCGCUGUAGAGCCCUUUUACCUCCAUGCCACUCAGCCACCCUAAAUCUCUAACCUUUAAUAAUAAUGUGUAUGCCUGCAAAUAUCACAUGUUUGUCUGCCUCAAAAUUGAAGGUGUAUUUUUAUGGACAAGGUAGAAGCCUCUGAAAAUGUAUACCAAAUGUCUUGUUUUAUAGCUAAGGUCAGGAAAAAUUGUAUCUGAGGUUUAUGUUCCAGCUAAUGUCAUUAAAUUUAUGCUUCAAACUGAUACUUUAAUAACAAAAUUGAUUUUCAGCAUAAUACAAAAUGUCUCAUUAUCACUGAUAGAAUAAUUCCUUUUGUUAAUCCUUAAAAAUCUUACUUUUUUCUGUAACCUUAGAAUUUGAUCAUACAAUAGUAACUUUUCUACCACGUAUAAAUCACACUUGGCUUUGCACAAAGAACAGCAGGAAAUGGUGAAUUGUUUUAUGAAACAAUUAUUGAGAAUGGGAAUAAGGUGUAUCUGGAAAUGACACAGUAUAAUUUACCUGCAGUAGCAUUUGUCACAAAAAUCAUGUGUCAGUAUGUAUGAACUUAAUUUUAAAGCCUAUUCUAGUCUCUCAAGUUUAUUGUUUUAUUGUUCAUUAUGCUGAUUGACUCAUUUUAGUUUCUUGAACUACCCAAAAAAUACCAAUUUUUUUUCUCUUUUUUGAAAAAAAUAUGACUACUUUUUCAAACUGUUUUUCUUUGCAGGGGCUGAUUAGCAAUUGGAUAUUUGUAAUGUUUUGGGGGGUUGCUUUGUUUUCAGUGAAAUUGGUUGCAGUGAAUGCUAAAAUCACCACAGCAUACUGUGGUGAUUAAUUCCUCUCCCAUGGAGCCUUUUCUCUGGUAUGCUUAGGAUAGAACAUACUUGUAAUUUUCCAUUAGUAACAUACUUUUGUGAAAGUUGUUUUUAGACUGAAGAAAGUAAUUUUGUAUUUCUUUGUUUCAUAAUAUUCCUUUAUGAAACUUGUGAUAGUUUCCAGAGAAAAAUAACAUGUAUUUGCCAAAGUAUAUAAAUCUCACAAGGCAUUGAGGUUACAAGCUAAAAUUGUGUUUUGAAAUUAACGUUUCAAUGUCUCUCAUUUAGCCCAAGAUUCUGGCUUAAUAAAUUUGUCAAACUUGCUAUUUUUAAGCUUGUCCUAAAGGCCAAUAACAUGUUUAUCCCUAAUAACUAAUAUGGGCAAGUGUAAUUUACAGAUUUAUUAACUCCAUCCCAGAUAUAUCUCCACUCUUUGUUCCUUCCAAACACUUAUGUUAUAUUUAGGAAAGAGACAGCUGUAGUAAAACUUUAGAAGAAGAUGGAGAAGUGCCUCAUCUUUCUAGAACAAAGUUAUCACAUUAAGCUUAAGAAAACAUAAUAAAUUGGUAGAUCAUUAGAUCAUUAGAAAUCAUCCUUUUCAACUAGGUCUAAGAAUAUGUUAUUAGUAUAUUAUCUUUUAUUGAUUAUGCAAAGCCUCUUUCCUUCUGUUUCCCCAGUCAUGAAAUAUUAGUGAUAAGAUAUAACAGAACAAGACUCUCAGUCACUUAAAAAAUAGUAUAAUUUGGCCAGGCGUGGUGGCUCACACCUGUAAUCCAGCACUGAGGGAGGCUGAGAUGGGUGUAUCAUGAGGUUAGGAGUUCAAGACCAGCCUGAAACCCCAUUUCUACUAAAAAUAUAAAAAUUAGCCGGGUGUGAUGGUGUACACCUGUAGUCCCAGCUACUCAGGAGGCUGAGGUAGGAGAAUGGCUUGAACUCAGAAGGUGGAGGUUGCAGUGAGCUGAGAUCAUGCCACUGCACUCCAGCCUGGUGAGAGAGGGGAGACUCCAUCUCAAAAAAAAAAUAGUGUAAUUCUAAUGCUAGUAAACAUGUAUUUAAAGUAGUUCUGGAAGGACAGUUGUCUUGAUUAAAGCUCUACCAAAACCCACUUAAGUAUUUAAUGUACAUACUGGUCAUAUUUUUAUGGCCUGUAAACACUAAUAUCUGAGCAAUUAAUCAAACUAUUUUAUCACUCUGCUAUUUUUAAUGAAAUUUGAAUAAAGUUUAAAAAUGUGUAAGCCUUUGAACAAAUGUAUAAAAGUUUUAAAAGAUUAUUAGCAUUUUUAUUUUAUUUACAAAUAAGCUGCCAAAAAAAAAACUCACUACUUGAACAUAAAGCUUCCAAACAAUAUUUUAUUAAAAUGUACUCUAUUGACCUAGGAGGAUAUAGAAUAUUCACCUGAUUAACUGGAUCAGUUUCACAUAGUGGAAAUACUUUUUGCUAAUUUGAUUAUAAGUGCUCAAAUUUAUUGAAAUUAGAUCCUCUUAUGCCUAUAAAAGUAUGCUUUAAAAAUAUUUUGCAACAACCAUCAAAUUAUCUGGGUUCCUUUAAAUAGAAAACAAUUGGGGAAUUUUCACAAAAAUGAAUAGGUUUUAUUAAUAACUGUUCAUGUAGUCUGUAGACUUAAACAAGUGAUAUCUAUCUAUAUAUAAAAUGAAUAAUCUUAUCUUUCCCCAAAUUUUUCUUACCUGAUUCUGAGCCAGCCUUUUGUUUUGAUGGCAGCCUGUGUGUAUGUUCCAUUUUCUGUGAACUUUGUCACGUUCAUACUAUAUGAGGAAAUGAUCUAAUAUUGUGGGCCCCAGGCAGGUCAUCUUAAUUGCAUGUUAUCUCUUUUCCUGUAAAAUUAUGCGGUGGAACCUAGAGCUGGGAAGAAAAUUAGAGAUCACUUAACAUUUUGUGAUUCUAUAAAUUCUUAGGAUAUUUUUACUCUAGAAUCUCAGAAUGAUUAUUCUCAGAUCUACUGUCCUUGGUGGAAACUCUCACAGUGCCUUGCAUGCAGUAAAAGUUUGAUUGCAACUGGCUGCUAGCUAACGUGUGUUAAUUAUCACACAGACUCCCAAGAACCUGAUGCCUUAGUUCCUUGGUGAUGCUAAGAGUAAAUACAGUUUUCCUAGGAACUGAGCACUGAGGUCUGUGUGCUUUGCCUGUGUGGAAUCUGUCUCUGCAGUUGGUAUUCAGGCAAGAAUUAUAGCUGUAACAACAAUGGAAAUAUGGGAGGACCCAAUUUGACAUUUAUGUAAAGAUUUCAUAUUCUAUCCAAUGUCUACUUUAGUGUCUUAUCAAAUUCCAUACCCUCAAACAGAUCUGUUGGAACAUAUUGAUAAAAUUAGAUAUAAAGGAAAGUGGUAUGCAAUUCAAACCCAAGUCACUUCUGGUUUAGUUAUUGGCUCUGCUGCAUAAUUCCUCUGUACCUCAUGUCCUCAUUGUUGAAGUGGGGACAAUAAUCUGUACCUACCUCACAGGGGAAUUGAGGAUAUUUUCAUAUAUUAGUGUGCUUUGAAGUUGACUGAAAGAUAUACUGGAUAUCAUAAUUAUAUAAUUUCUAAAUAGAUUUCUUUAAAUCCAUGCUAUAUUUUCUUCCUCAGUCAGGUCCUACAGAAUGACUGUUGCAGUUGAUCUAUUGUUUUAAUUAUAAAUCUUGUUAUUAAUCCCCUAUGUGUUAAAAAUGAGUGAUUAUAUUAUGCAAUACUGGAUUUAGAGAGGAAAAGCAGGUGGAUGUAACCAAUGGUUCCCAACUUCCAUGGAUGAAGACAGCAGUGGGGGGUAUCCUUGAAGUUUUUUUUAUUUUUCAAAAAGUGUAUUAGAAAUCUUACAUUUACCCAUAGUAUUCCUGAUUUACAAGCCAAUUGAGACAUUGAAUUUCCAUGCAUUUUGCCUGUGUUUCUCUCAAUUCUAUGUCAUUACUGCUUGCUUAGUAUCAACUGAUCAAAAGCUGUGAAUGACAGUAUGCUUUUGAUUAACAAUAAAAUAAGAAAGCCUAUUAUGUGCAACUUAUUAAAUACUUGAAAACAUGAGAAAGGAAUAAUGAAGGGAUUCUUAGGCUAAAAACGUUGGGAAUCACUUUAUAAAGGAACUAAGAUUAUUUGACCCUCUCCACAGAUUAUUUACCUAGUCUCUAAAUAAUGAAAUGUGUGUGUGUGUGUUUUGGCUAUAUUAGGUUAUAUAACUUCAGCUUAGAAUUUGCCUUUUGUUUUUCCUUCUGUUUCAGAAUGUAACUGGCCUAAUUUAUUUAGGUGUGUACAUGUUACUCAUACAUGCACAUACAUAUAGGAUUACAAAUGUGGAAAGUGUUAUAAUGUCAUAUUCUAUCAUUGGACUAAGUAUUAAUUCCUAAUUCUUAAAGUAGUUCUGUAUAUAAAUUCAACAUGAUGAAUCAAGGCAAUAAUUUCUCAAAUGUUCCUUUCAUUUCUUUGUUUUUAUCUUGGCUUUUUUUUUAAUUUUCCAUUUUUUCUAGUACACAAAGAGUGUAAAGUUGUUUUAAUGCCUCGACUUUGAAACAAGUAACAAGUGUUUGAAAUUAUACAAUCUGCAAGUGAAUUUGCCCUCCUUGGACCAACCACAUACAAAUAUGAAUCUGGCUGCAAGAACAGGAUAUCCAGAUAACUAGAAAGCGGGCAUUGAUAAAAAUAUCUGGUGGAGAAGCAUAGGAUUUUGACUUUUUGUCAGAGGAUUCCUGUUGGGACAGUUUUACCAGAAAAGAGUAAUAGUGGAUAUGUCCAUCCAAACUAAGAACUUUUAUGCAUCUUGUAUUGUUACAUAGCCUGUGGAAUGAAUUCAUUUUUUCUCCCUUGAGUCCAGGAAUGACUUUCCUGGAAAAACUCAAUCUAUUUACAGCUGUGCCAAAAUGAAGGAUACCUGCCUCUCUGAAACUUUCACUGCUGCUUCUGUCAUUGUUCACUUGUCAGACAAAAUUUUAUUAUCUCAGGAUGCAAAAUUAAAAUAAAGUGUAAAUCUAUGUUAAUGAAUUGAA